AUGGCCGCCAACGACAAUGCCGUCGCGCAGUCGAUCAUCGACCGCCUCGUGCCCGCGAUCCCGCGCUUCGCCUUUGAGAGUCUGCGCACCGAUCCAAUGCUGCGGCUUCUUCUGUGCGGCUACGUCACCUGCGUCGUGAUUCUUCUCGCCCCGUUGGUUCUCAUCCCAUUGUGUAUCUGCCUCAAGGUGGAUGGCCUCAUUCUCGCGCCGUGGCGAAUUGCCUUGGCGCCGCUCUGGGUCCUCGAGCUUCUCUGCAUCAUGAUCGCCGUCGCGGGGCUGUUUAUCGAAGACUCGGACGCCCAAGCCGCCGACGCCAGCGCAGUAAUAGAAGAGGCAGAUGCAUCUCUCGAAGAAGGCGCGGCUGCCAGCAAGAGCCCACCGACCUACGGCGCCACCGACGAGGCCGUCGACGCGGCACCCAAGGCACUGGAUGACGUCGCCGACGCACCACUGCCAACGAACACCAGUCCCAAGAUGAUGUUGUCUACGCGCGACUUUGCUGGCGGCGUCGGUACCUGCGUCGCACAUUUCCUCGUGGCUCUGCGCAUGGACCAUGUCUUCGAGUGCGCAUGGAUCUGGUUGUUUCUUGCGUUUAUCGUCUCGGAUGCGGUCGGCGGCCCCGAUAUCGGUAGCACGGGGCUCCUUAUCCAGUACUGUGUGAUUUUCCUCAAGCUCGACAACACGAUCUCUUGGAGCUGGGCCGUCAUCUUGAUCCCGACGUGGAUCCUCCUCGGUGUCGUCGUCGUUCUACUGCCCUGCAUCGUGUACUUUGCCGCCAAGGAGUUCGAUCUUGUCUCGCCUCCUGCGGUGGCCGCCUUCAGUCUCGCGGGUCUUUUAGCCGCCGGCGCGAUCGUGGCUUCGCUCGUUCUCAUCACACUCAAGCUCCAAGGGUCAUCAACGUACUCGGCGCUCGAGACGUGUCUGCCCUACUUUGCCUCCAUUGUCUUUCUUAUCGCCAUCGGCGCUUUGGCCAUCUUUCUGUUCUGGCCGAUUCCACCACCCCAAGCCGAGGAAGGCGAGGGGAUGGCGGAAGACGAUCCUAACACCGCGACCGACGCACUCGCCACGUGUUCAGAGCCCGAGUUGUAGCAGUAAAGAUAUCUAAGUGGUACAGAACGUCGAUGCCGACAUGUCGGUGGUGC